AAAUUAUCAUAUUUUUAAACGUUACUUAGCAACAAUGACUAGUGCAUUUCUAGUGCCAGGCAUUACGCAGUUUAGUCGGGCUCUGAAAAUUCAGCCCGACCAAGUAGUAAAAUCUAUAGUGGGAUUAUCUGCAAUCUGAUUGGUUGACAGCAACUGAGCAAACUCAAAUGCGCUGUUUCGCAACAUCUAGUCGGGCUCUGAAAAUUCAGCCCGACCAAGUAAUAAAAUCUAUAGUGGGAAUAUCUGUAAUCUGAUUGGUUGAGAGUAGCUGUGAACACACUCAAACGUUUAACAACAUCUAGUCGGGCUCAUUUUCAACAGCGUGACUUGAAUUUUGAGCUUUCGAAAUAUACGUUCGGAAAUCGUGAUAACUUACAUUACAAUGGCUUCGGCUAAUGAAAUCGAUAUAAUAAGUGAACUACAAAAGAAACCUUUUCUGUUCGACAAUCAGGCGAGCAAAAUAUACUCGUAAAGCAGCGGCCAAUUCCAAAUUUACAAGCGACUACAGGCAAUAGAAGCUUUCAGAAAAGUUGGUACUCGAAGAAAGAUUGGCUUUGUGGUAGCUCAGAAAAGAAUGCAUUGUUCUGUUGGCCUUGUCUUUUAUUUUGCCCUGGAUCGUCAUCUUCAUGGAUGCAGACGGGAUUCAAAAACAUGAAGAAUUUCCUAUCCGAUUGUAAGAAGCAUGAGAAGGCAAAAUCGCACAUGGGUGCCUACAAGACCUGGAAGACCUACGGUUUUCAGCCUCGUAUCGACUGUCUCAUGUCACAAACUAGACGUGAAGAGAUUCAGCGUCAUAACGAGGAGUAUACAGGUUGAUGAGGCAACUGAUGUUUCUACCAAAGAACAAUUGAGUGUAAUUGUUCGAAUGGACAAAGGGAAAGUGUCAUUGAAAGACAGCUUGGGUUUGUUGAUGUUAGUUGUGAUAGGACUGCAACUGCUAUAUCAUCAGUGGUUAAGGAGAAUUCUUGAGCAGUCAUCCAUACUUUAUUCUAUCUUGCAAGACAAGGACACUGACUUUCAUUAUGGAAUGAGUAGGUUUGAGAGAUUCAAGGCCUUUGUUGCUUCUCUGAGAAAUGAUACAGAAUAUUGUCAGGUGUACGACCUGGCUGUUGAGAAAGUGGGACCACCAGUAACCAGGGUGUUUAAGAUGUGGAAAGGUGAAGUGCCCUCAGAAAAGAUAAAUCUUCUAAAGGAGGUUUAUGGUGAUAUGUUUGACAUACCAAUGCUAGUUAGCCAACUUUGUUUUAUUUACAGAGAUAAAGACUUUCACUGUGAUUCAUGCGAUGAAUUAUUGAAAUAUAUUUUUCAGUUCCAUUAUCAAUCUAGUAUUCCAGAAGUUGUAAAACUGUUAAAGAUAAAUGGGGUUUUGUCAAUUACAAGUGCUUCAGUUGAGAGGUCAUUUUCUUGUUUGAAGAGGGUAAAAAAUUAUCUUAGAAAUACUAUGAGCCAAGGACGUUUUAGUUCUCUUUGCAGGAUUUCCAUUCACAAAGACAUACUGUCAGAGAAAGAAGACGCCAACACAUUGCAUGAUGAGGUAGUAAAGAAGUUCAUUGAAAACCACGAAGACUUGCUUUCUUAUACAAAUAGGUAUUCAUAUAUGGCUGAUAGCAAGCUGAUGAUGUCUUACGUCCAUGGCAUGUGAGAAUUUUUCCGGGAACUUUUUAAUGCAGUCAAUGAUGAUUGUCAUUUCAGCACGACAAUUUCAUCACAACUUUUGAUAGUUGUUGAUGACAAAUCUGAGCCUUUUUCGGUUCUUUUGUCAAAGUUUCUUUACAAGAUGUACAUAGGUAUCUAUUUAUGUAUGUGGUGUUGAGAAAAUAAAUCACAUAUCUGCAACUA